CAUUGGGGAUUGGUUUUGCUCCACCAUGUUUACACCCAAAGAUGCAUCUCCAACUUUUGACUCAACUUUUCGUUAUUUAGGCUUGUUUUUAAUUGCCAAUUCCUACCAUUUUUUCGAAAAAUAAAUAAAAAGUUUGACCCACGAAUACCCGUUGCUGGGUAGCACAGCUGCGCAAAGGACAGUGUGAAACGUUGUGGAGGACCCUAUCUGUAAGCUAAGUCCAGAGUCGAGUGAGAUUUUCGAGUUACAAGGACGGUGACAACACACCUGCAUGCUCGGGGGGGAAAACAUUCUCUAGUAGUGUGGGUGCUCUGAUCGAUCCCAUGAAUCUGUGAAUGCAAGCAAAACCUUUGCUUUUUUUGUAAUCAGCUAUUUUCAGUUGUGUAUUAUUUAUGAGUUGAAAUGUUGCAUUAAUUAAGCUUGUCUUUCCACAUCUCUCCCAACUUUUUUGGUAAGUGAUCAACUUUUCAAUUAUCAUAUUAGCGGUAGAUGACUUUAAUUGCGUUUUCCCUUCCUCCUCUCUCUUCUCUGACAAGGUGGUGUUAUAUCAUCAUUAUGGAAUGUGGCUUUUCUGAUUUUUAUGUCUCUCAGCUAUAGGAAGGAUUCCUUGCAGUUUCUGGAACUUCAAUAGUCUCAAGAAGCUCAGAAGACUUUUUUCUGUGUAACCAAGCUUCUGAAGCUCCACAUGGAGACCGACAAUGGUGAUUCAAAGUCAACGUUGGAGGACUACGAAGUGAUAGAGCAGAUAGGAAGAGGAGCAUUUGGCGCUGCGUUUCUGGUUCUCCAUAAGAUUGAGAAAAAGAAGUAUGUGUUGAAGAAGAUUCGCUUGGCUAAACAAACGGAGAAGUUCAAACGGACUGCACAUCAGGAGAUGAACUUAAUUGCGAAACUAAAUAACCCAUAUGUUGUGGAGUACAAAGAUGCUUGGGUAGACAAGGGAGACUGCAUAUGCAUUGUAACUGGCUAUUGUGAAGGAGGAGACAUGGCUGAAAUUAUAAAAAAAGCUAGAGGAAAAUUUUUCCCAGAGGAGAAGCUCUGCAAAUGGCUGACCCAGUUGUUGCUAGCUGUGGACUACCUCCACUCCAAUCGUGUACUUCACAGAGAUCUAAAGUGUUCCAACAUAUUCCUUACAAAGGAGAAUGACAUCCGGCUUGGUGACUUUGGACUCGCAAAACUACUCAACGCAGAAGACCUUACUUCCUCGGUCGUUGGAACUCCCAACUACAUGUGUCCUGAACUCCUUGCAGACAUUCCUUAUGGUUACAAAUCUGAUAUAUGGUCGCUUGGCUGCUGUAUGUUUGAAAUUGCUGCUCAUCAACCAGCAUUUAGAGCUCCUGACAUGGCAGGACUCAUCAAUAAAAUAAACAGAUCCUCCAUUUCUCCACUCCCAAUUGUGUAUUCCUCCACACUGAAACAAAUUAUCAAGAGUAUGCUGCGGAAGAACCCAGAACACAGACCAACGGCAGCAGAACUUUUGAGACAUCCUCAUUUACAACCAUAUCUCCUCCGUUGCCGUAAUACAUCUUCAGUUUUUCUACCAAUCAAGCCCAUAGAGGGUUCCAAGGAGAAGGGAACGAGAAAAUCAUUAUCUAACAGACCUAGCAGUGCCAAAGACAACAUAGAAAAAGAAGAUGGAGUACCGAACCGGCUUGAAGGUAUUCAUCCAUCUGAGAGUAAAACUGAUAUACAGCCAAGUAAAUUGCCCAACAGUGAUAAGCCAACACUGACAGCUAGUGCAGAAGACAACCUUGAGACCAAGAAGGUAGAUCCUACUAGCUAUACAGUUGAAAUAUCCGCCAAUAUUUCAACAGAUGAGUCAACUGGUUCUGAAGCAUCUGUGUGCAAUGGAGAUGGUGAAGCAGAUGUUGGAAAUACACCUGAAAAGGGAAAAACCAACAAUGAGAUUAAAUUGGAGAGAACACUGAAUUGUCAGAAUGAGGAAAUGGAACAAACCAGUGAACAUUUUAAUCAAUUGCAAGAGGUUGAUAUCAAGACUCUGAGCACAAAAGACGAAAAAUUUUACAACCAAAUUCAUAAAGAAUCUGAUGCAGAGGCCAAGUGUGCUAAACCAGGGAAACUUUGCAACCAAGUUCAAGAAGAAGCUGAAGCAGAGAGCAAGCUUGGUAAACCAGGGAAUGAAGUUCCCGAUAAUAAAGCUGAAGUAGAGGGCAAGUCUGAUAAACCAGGGGAUUGUGGAAAAGUGACAAUGUCAAAUGCAGGAUGCACUGAUAAAGUUGGGUCCCUCGAUGAUGAAAGUUCAUCUUUGGCUGGGGAGAUUGUUGAACAUAAACCUGAUCUAGAAUCUAGAACUAUACUAAGGACGGAAAGUGAUGAUGCAUGCACAGAAGGCUAUAACAUGGACUGCACAUUCUCUGAAAAUAAUGGCACAUUUCCACGUAAAGAUAAAGUAAGAGCAAAAACAAAUAACCUAAGUUGUUCCAUGCAGACCGAGAGAGAUGAUGCUCGUGUACAUAAUCAGGCACCUAGUGAUAUCUCUUUAGUCAGUACACUCACUGCAAUUGGUGGAGAUGAAAUCAAAAGUGAGUGGGAUAAUCCAAGCCAGCAAAGAGCUGAUGCCCUUGAGUCUCUGCUUGAGUUAUGUGCUCAGCUACUUAAGCAGGACAAACUUGACGAGCUUGCUGGUGUGCUAAGACCAUUUGGAGAAGAAACUGUCUCAUCGAGAGAAACAGCAAUUUGGUUGACAAAGAGCCUCAUGUCUGCCCAAAAACUUAAUGGAGGAAACUAAUUUUUAGAGGUGAUUGGCAGAACUUAUUAAUCACCAUAAGAAUAUUUGAGUGAACGUGUUAAAAUAAUGUGUAAAUCAUCCGCAUUGUUGUGUUGAUUGAAGAUAGAGGCUUGGAAUAACAUAUAGCACAGAUUGUCAACUUACUAUUGUCUUUGAUGAGAACGAACAUAAAGUUUCCGUCACCGGUAACAUAAACUGGUCAGCAGUACUUGUCACUGACUACAAAUCUUCAUUGCAUGCAAAUGCAUUGGACUGUUUAUUAUAUCAUAUCCUUUUGUUCGUUUGGAA